UUGACUCGUUCUCUCACCGCCUGCUUACUCCUUCUCUUUGUGCUUAGCACUCUCCUUGGGAACGCCUUGGUGUGCGCCGCUGUGGUAAAGUUCCGUCACCUGCGCUCCAAGGUGACAUAUGUGUUUGUGGUGUCUCUUGCUGUGUCAGACCUUUUUGUGGCUGUGCUGGUCAUGCCUUGGCGGGCCGUGGCUGAAGUUGCUGGGUUUUGGCCUUUUGGUAGCUUCUGUGACGUUUGGGUAGCCUUUGAUAUCAUGUGCUCUACUGCCUCCAUUCUCAACCUGUGUAUUAUCAGUGUGGACCGCUACUGGGCAAUUGCUAGUCCAUUUCGCUAUGAGCGCAAGAUGACCCGCAGGGUUGCCCUGAUCAUGAUUGGAGUGGCAUGGACCCUUUCUGUCCUCAUUUCCUUCAUCCCAGUGCAGCUGAGCUGGCACAAAGCACAGCGCAACCAUCCACAGCCAGAAUCCAUGGGGACCUCAGGAAAAUGUGAUGCAAGCCUGAACCGUACCUAUGCCAUCACUUCCUCAUUAAUAAGUUUCUAUAUCCCUGUAGCCAUUAUGAUUGUCACCUAUACGCGCAUCUUCCGUAUUGCACAGAGGCAAAUCCGUCGGAUAUCUAUGCAGGAGCGUGCAGCCAAGCAUGUGCGGAGCUGCCAGGGCUGCAGUCAAUUACCUGAAGAUGGGCUAAAGAGCUCCUUUAAGAAAGAGACCAAAGUCCUUAAGACCCUUUCCAUAAUCAUGGGUGUCUUUGUUUGCUGCUGGCUUCCCUUCUUUGUCCUCAACUGCAUGGUCCCUUUUUGCAACCCUGGCAUUCACGGUGCUGGCCAGCUUCCCUGUGUCAGUGAGACAACCUUUGAUGUGUUUGUGUGGUUUGGCUGGGCCAACUCCACUUUGAACCCUGUGGUCUAUGCCUUCAAUGCUGAUUUCCGCAGGGCUUUCGCAGUCUUGCUGGGAUGUGGACGAUUGUGCUCAAAUAACACAGUGGAGACAGUAGACUUCAGCAAUGAACUUGUGUCCUAUCACCAUGACACCACAAACCCCCAGGACCUCCGUACAUACAGCUACCCUUACCUGCUCCCUCAUGCCAUAAGGGAGCCUGGCGAUAAAGAGUUGAGCUUUGACAUCGUAUCCCAUAUUACUGAGGCAACCAGUAGAGACAAGUGCAGUUACCCAGACACUCACCACCUCCCUGUUUUAGUUCAUGGGGAAGGGGAGAUGGAUUUGUCAUUGGACAAAAUCACACCUUUCACUCAAGAAGAGACUCCAUCCUCAUUGGCUCAUAAUAUUCACAUCCAGGAUGUCACCUCUGUGGUUACUGGAAUACUGUAA